UCACCGCAGCACCGUCCCCCUGUCGAUGACGGCACUCUCCAGUUCGAAUCGCCGCAGCAGACGGCGGGCGGCACCAACCGACUCUCGGAAGCGGUCUGCGAGCGGAUGAGACCGAUCGUGGCCAACAGGUGCCUCGGUCGUGCACAGCUGGAUGUCGCCGUAGCGCAUCCACAGGGCUGCAGCGACGGUGUGGCCAGGGCGGAAGCCGCUCACAAUCACACAACGAUAGUCCGUCGCAUUUGUAGCAUCAUUCAGAUCGCCCCGAUCCAAGCGCCCGUCGAUAGCGAUGCCCACAUCCUCUGUGAUGUCGUCAGUCCUCAGCAGACGGCCAUAGCGAGGGUCAUCACUGCCGAUGUCUAUACGGAGCGCCCUCCUCUCGCCCACCCCCUCUCCAUAGCACCACCAGGAGAGCAGCGCGUGUAGCAGGAAGGCCGAGAAGCAGGGGUAGAGCCUGGCGCCCCAGCGGAUGACAGGGUCGGUCCGCUUGUAGCCGUCAGCAUAGCGAUGGCCGCCCGGCAGCUCACCCAAUGGCACCACACGAAACAGACCCACACCGCCGAUGCGAUAGUGGCCGUUGUCGGCUUGCCGCAGCGCCAGGCUGGUCCCUCUGUAUAUGAGCUGCUGGCCGACGAUCUUGUAGAUGGCCAGUGCGAGUAAGAGCUGGUGGAAGGCCGUUGCUGUGGGCAAUGCGUCGGCCGACAGACGGAGGGGCCGCGUCGCAUUGAUAGGGGUCAGCCGUUAGAUGAAGGCCAGCCGAAGGAACCGCCCCAUCGCCCGCCACUCCUCGCCACUGCCCCACUCCAGCACAUAGACCACCUUCAAGCCGGCCUCCAUAUCACCGCCAAUGUCGAAGGCUAACACGUCCGCCAGGCCGAGACGACUGAGGGCCUUGUGGAUAUGCUGCUGGACGGCGUUGAGCAGGGUGCUGUUGACGGUCUCCGCAGUGUGGCCCAGCAGCUCCUGUUGCCGAGUGCGGGUGGCGAUCUGUGAGCGGAGAGCGGCUCGUUUGGCAUCGUCAGUCGCCAUGGCCAUGGCGGCCAUCUUGCUGAUGGGCAAUGACAGGUCAAAGAGGUCGGCGGGCUGGAAGAGGGCAGGGCUGGCGGGACGGGACGAGGAGUGGGCCGCACCAGUGGGCUGCAU